AGGACCAAUGCGAUUAAACGGCAGUGGGAAGAUGCGCGUGCUUGCCUCUUGCUGGACGGAGAGAGGUGGUGAAGAUGGUUUGACUUUGGACGCCAAAUAUUUCUGCCGUUUCAGUUCAUUCGUAUUUGCUUUUAAUUCUUGCUGAAUUGACCACCUAACUCUUUGUUUCAGUUCUUUUUUUUAAUAAUUUGUUUUCAAACAUGCUUCAUAAUUUAGUUCUUACUUGAUGUUUUGGGAUUUCACAUUUUAAAAAGCUAAAUAGAAAACGUUUUAUAUCAUCGGACAUAUUUGAGGACCUGCCGUUGCCCCUCCGCCACUAGCCUGACUCAGCAUCACACCUGAGCUGCAGGCGAGCGCCGAAUCCCCCGCCAGCAUCCCUCUGAAUGAACUGGGAGAAGCAGCAAGGCACUGUGUACCGCGCAGAGUCGAAUCAGAGCCUUUAACAAGACAAUCACAGAGGCACAUUUCCUCCAUGCGCAAAGGAGUUUUAUAGAGAGGAGACGGUUUACACAUUAUUACCAGCGAAUAAUUGGACGGGUCUCUCCAAUAUAGUGGCAAAUGUUUAACCUCAAAACAGACACAGAGAAGAGAAUUGUAGGGAGGCAGCGGUCAAAGUGUGCGGAGGAAGACGAGAAAGCAUAGCUUGGGGGAUUGAACGGAGCAGGGCAUGUGGAUAUUGGCUUUUAUCUUUUUCCAGAGCAUCUUGAAUGUUUCCAGUGAAGACCUACAUUCCAGCUUAUACUUUGUCAAUGCAUCUGUGCAAGAGGUAGUGUUCGCCAGCACCACAGGGACCUCGGUGCCCUGUCCCGCCGCGGGCGCGGCCCCCGCCUCGCCGCGCUGGUACCUGGCCACGGGCGAGGAGAUCUACGAUGUGCCCGGGAUACGGCACGUGCACCCCAAUGGCACCCUCCAGAUCUUCAACUUCCUGCCCUCGAGUUUCAGCAAGCUCAUCCACGACAACACGUACUACUGCACUGCUGAAAACCCCUCAGGGAAGAUACGAAGCCAGGAUGUCCACAUCAAAGCCGUGUUUCGGGAACCCUACACGGUCCGCGUGGAGGACCAGAAGGCCAUGAGAGGCAACAUAGCGGUCUUCAAGUGCAUUAUCCCUGCCUCCGUGGAGGCCUACGUCACUGUUGUAUCCUGGGAGAAAGACACGGUCUCUCUCACCUCAGUGGCCAACGGCUCUCUGCUCAUCAAGCACGUCCUGGAGGAAGACAACGGCUACUACCUGUGCAAGGUCAGCAACGACGUGGGAGCCGACGUCAGCAAGUCCAUGUACCUCACCGUCAAAAUCCCAGCCAUGAUCACGUCGUACCCCAACACCACGCUGGCCACGCAGGGCGAGGAGAAGAAGAUGAGCUGCACGGCGCACGGCGAGAAGCCCAUCAUGGUCCGAUGGGAGAAGGAGGAGCGCAUCAUCAACCCGGAGACCAGCCGCUACGUGGUCAUCAUCAAGGAGGCGGCCGACGAGGUCAUCUCCACGCUGCAGAUCAUGCCCACUGUGCGUGAAGACUCUGGCUUCUUCUCCUGCCACGCCAUCAACUCGUUUGGGGAAGACCGAGGGAUCAUCCAGCUGACAGUCCAGGAGGCCCCGGACCCUCCUGAAGUGGAGAUCCGAGAGGUGAGGGACCGCACCAUCGCCCUACGCUGGACCAUGGGCUUCGACGGCAACAGCCCCAUCACGGGAUACGACAUCGAGUGCAAGAACAAAUCAGCUUCCUGGCUCUCAGCCCAGGUGACCAAAGACGUGUCCCCUCAACUCAACCAGGCCACCAUCAUCGACCUCCAUCCCUCCUCCACCUACAACAUCCGCAUGGUGGCUAAAAACACCAUCGGCAACAGCGACCCCAGCAACGAGCUCACCAUCACCACCGACGAAGCAGCCCCUGACGGCCCUCCACAGGAUGUCCUACUGGAGGCCACCUCCCCUCAGAGCAUCAAAGUCACCUGGAAGCCCCCCCAGAGGUACCUGCAGAACGGGGUGAUCCGGGGCUACCAGGUAGGCUUCCGGGAGUACAGCCCGGGCGGCAGCCACCAGUUCACCAUCAUCAGCAUGGACUCCACGGGGGACAGCAGCGAGAGCCUCAUCCUGGACAACCUCCGCAAGUUCACCCAGUACAGCGUGGUGGUCCAGGCCGCCAACCGGGCCGGCACGGGCCCCUCCUCCCAGCAGGUGGUGACCAAGACCCUGGAGGACGUGCCCUCUCGGCCCCCUGAGAAUGUCCUGGCCACCGCCAAGUCUCCAGAGGUCAUCUCUCUGUCCUGGCUCCCCCUCCCCAAGGAGGCCCUCAAUGGAAACCUGCAGGGAUACAGAGUCAUCUACUGGGCCAACCUGCCUGAUGGAGAGCUGGGAGAGAUCCGGAACGUGACGACCGGGCAGCCGUCGCUGGAGCUGGACGGUCUGGAGAAGUACACCAACUACAGCAUCCAGGUGCUGGCCUUCACCAGGGCUGGAGACGGCGUCCGCAGCGAGCAGAUCUUCACCAGGACCAAGGAGGAUGUUCCUGGUGCCCCUGCAGGUGUGAAGGCAGCUGCCUCCACCAGCUCGGUGGUGUUCGUCUCCUGGCUUCCUCCUCUCAAACUCAACGGCAUCAUCAGGAAGUACAUAGUGUUCUGCUCCAACCUGCACCCCAUGGUGAUGAGUGAGUUUGAGGCUUCUCCGGACAUGUAUUUCUACAGGAUACCAAAUCUGGCCCGCAACAGACAGUACAGCAUCUGGGUGGUUGCUGUGACAGCAGCCGGCCACGGUAACAACAGUGAGAAGAUCACCGUGGAACCCCUGGCCAAAGCUCCUGCUCGGAUCCUAACCUUUAACGGCACAGUGACCACCCCUUGGAUGAAGGACAUUGUCCUGCCCUGCAAGGCUGUGGGCGAUCCGCCGCCCACCAUCAAGUGGCUCAAAGGAAACACCAAUGGAACCCCUACCCCGGUUCUGGUGGAUGGACGACGCAGUGUCCAUGGCAACGGCAGUUUCAUUAUUCGGACGGUGAAAGCCGAGGAUUCUGGGAACUACAGCUGUGUGGCGAGCAACAACUGGGGCUCUGAUGAGAUCACACUCAACCUGCAGGUUCAAGUUCCCCCAGACCAGCCCCGCCUCACCGUUACCAAGACAACCACCACAUCAAUCACUUUGUCCUGGAUACCGGGAGACAACGGAGGGAGCUCCAUCAGAGGCUACAUCCUCCAGUACUCGGAGGACAACAGCGAGCAGUGGGGCAGCUAUCCCAUCAGCCCUAGCGAGCGCUCCUACCGUCUGGAGAACCUCAAGUGUGGCACCUGGUACAAGUUUACCUUGACGGCCCAGAACGGCGUGGGCCCCGGACGCAUCAGCGAGAUCAUUGAAGCAAAGACUCAUGGGAAAGAACCUCAGUUUGCCAAAGAACACGAGCUCUUCGCAAGCGUCAACUCCACCCGCGUGCGCCUCAACCUGAUAGGCUGGAACAACGGCGGCUGUCCAAUCACCUCCUUCACGUUGGAGUACCGCCCCGUGGACACGGCGGUGUGGACCACGGCCCAGCGCACCUCGCUGACCAAGAGCUACAUCCUGUACGACCUGCAGGAGGCCACGUGGUACGAGCUGCAGAUGAAGGUCACCAACAGCGCCGGCUCGGCAGACAAGAAGAUCACCUUCGCCACGCUGAACGCCGAUGGAAGUACCAUUCCCCCCCUGCUUAAGACGGUGGACCCCAUCUCGGACAACAUGUCCGGCAGCGGCAGCCUGAAGAUGAUGGUGACCAUCACCAGCCUCCUGGUGGCAGCCGUCCUGGUCUUCAUCCUCUUCAUGGUGCUGAAGAGGAGGAGGCGGGAGCAGAGGCUGAAGAGGCUACGCGAUGCAAAGAGCUUGGCCGAGAUGCUGAUGAGUAAGAAUACGAGGACCCCGGACACGGUGAACAAGCAGCAGCAGACGUUGAGGAUGCACAUCGACAUCCCCAGAGCUCAGCUGCUCAUCGAGGAGAGAGACACCAUGGAGACCAUCGACGACAGAUCCACAGUGCUGCUGACCGACAAUGACUUUGGGGAGACGUCCAAGCAAAAGUCCUCCACCGUGACCCACACGGUGCACUACCAGUCCCUGUCCCAGGCCACCGGUCCCCUGGUGGACGUGUCCGACGCCAGGCCUGGAACCAACCCGCCGCACCGCCGCACAGCCAAAGCGGGCCCCGCUGCUGCCCGGAGCCGCUACGCCAGCCAGUGGACCCUGAACCGGCCCAACCCCCCGAGCUCCUCCCACACUCUGACCACCGACUGGCGGCUGCCCACACCGCGCGCCACCGGCUCUGUGGACAAGGAGAGCGACAGCUACAGUGUCAGCCCCUCCCAGGACACAGACCGGGCUCGGAGCAGCAUGGUCUCCACAGAGAGCGCCUCGUCCACCUACGAGGAGCUGGCGCGGGCCUACGAGCACGCCAAGAUGGAGGAGCAACUGCGCCACGCCAAGUUCACCAUCACCGAGUGCUUCAUCUCCGACACGUCCUCGGAGCAGAUGACGGCGGGCACCAACGACUACACGGACAGCCUGGCGUCCAGCACGCCCUCCGAGUCAGGCAUCUGCCGCUUCACCGCAUCGCCGCCCAAGCCCCAGGACGUCAGCCGCGUCAUGAACAUGGCCGUGCCCAAGGCCCACAGACCGGGAGGAGAGCUGGUUCACCUGCCGCCCUACCUACGCAUGGACUUCCUUCUGAACCGUGGCGUCCCGGCGUCCGCCCGGCCCGGUGGCAGCAGCGCCACGGCCAGCACCAGCAGCGUCGCCAGCGGAGGGGAGGGGGGAGGCGGCAGUGGUGGAGGAGGAGGGGGAGGAGGGGCGCUGGGCCAGGUGUGCCUGGAGCCCCAGAGGAGCCGCACCCUGAAGAGGCCCCCUCCCCUGGAGCCUACCCCCAUGGAGGUGCCCUCUCCGCGGGAGGUGCAGCAGUGGCAGCCAGGGACUGCCUCCACGCUGCCCCAGAGAGAGCCCCCCAGGGAGGCCCAGAGGGAGGCUGGAGGAGACCUAGCCCAGGCCCAGGCCGCCAAGCUCAGCAGCUCGCAGGAGUCGCUGCUGGACUCCAGAGGACACCUAAAACAGAGCAACAACCCUUACGCCAAGUCCUACACGCUGGUAUAACAGCAGGCGUAGGCCCAUACUCUCUGAACUACUGAACUACUGCAGUUACCAGGACACGGGACAAUGGAUAUGGACAUUUUUGGGCAACAGCUGAUGUUGUACAUAGAUCUAUUUCUCAACUCCAGUGGAUGAGUUUCUUCGAUCCUCUCGAUUCUUUCUAUCCUUUCUCUCUUGUUUCUCUCUUUCUCUCUUUCAUUCUUGCUCUCUUCC